UACCAGAGAGAAAAAUAAUACAUUUGUUUAACUAAUAUUGCGAAAGUUGUUCUGGGUUCUGGGUAUCCUCAAAUGCUUUCGGACCAACGCAGAGGAACAGCCACGCCCACAUUGCAACAAGUAUAAGAGGCAGUAGAAAACUAUACUGGCAGUGCUGGCAACUCUUCGAUAACUGAGCUAUGGCCAACAAUGGUAGCAGUGUACUGGACAAACAAACAGACGACAACAUCUGUGCCACGGAAAAUGAUGACAAUCAACCGAAAAUUCCAGGCAUCCCUUUAUCCAGAAAACUGUGCUAUGCAAUUGGAGGAAUGCCUUAUCAAAUGACUGCAAACGCCAAGGGCUUUUUCAUGCAAAUCUUUUUACUGGAUGUUGUGAAGAUGGGAGCUUUCUCUGCAUCCGUCAUUCUUUUUCUCGGUCGAGCUUGGGAUGCUAUUACGGAUCCUCUGAUUGGAUAUGCCGUGAGCAAGAGUGGCCGGACCAGAAUUGGCAAACUUAUUCCUUGGAUUGUGUUCACAAUGCCACUUGGGGUCCUGUCAUACGUUAUGCUCUGGUAUACCCCACAGGACACCAUGUCCUCUGGCUUCAGUUUCGGCUGGUACUUCACAUGGUGCUGUCUGUUUGACACCUUCAUGAGUUGCUACCAUGUGCCAUAUUCUUCCCUAAACAUGUUUCUGGGGGGGAAUCAGAAGGAUCGUGAUUCAGCCACUGGUUACAGAAUGGGCAUGGAAGUGUUUGCUACACUGGCAGGAGCUGCCAUUCAGGGUCAGAUAGUGGGGGUGCACCAUGCCAAGAGGACACACGUCUGCAGUUUACAGAAUGACACGGAAGGGCCUUCUGCGAACCACACUGAAUCGCUGGAUGACAUAUCUGACACUCUACAAAAUACAAGAAGAGCCUAUUUGACUGGAGCAUUAGUAUUGGGAAUGCUGUACUUUCUUUGCUGCCUCGUCCUUUUUCUUGGAGUGAAGGAACAGUUGGCCCCUCUGAGUAAACUGGACCGCAUAAAUGUCACCUAUCUAACUGGAAUGAAAAUGGUGGUGGGACACACUCCAUAUGUGCGGCUUGUAUUUGGCUUCCUAUUUGCUUCACUAGCCUUCCAGAUGGCUCAGGGGAAUUUCGCCCUUUUCUGUACUCACGCAGCGAAUAUGGGAGCAUAUUUCCAGCAUCUUGUUCUUAUAUUACUGACAUCAGCUACAAUAUCCAUCCCAAUGUGGCAGACACUACUAGUCAAAAAAGGCAAGAAGACCACCAUAUUCAUCGGCCUAUCGGUUUAUAUCCCAGCUCUAAUUGUGAUAUCCCUAGUGAAAAGUAAUUUACCCAUCUUCAUUAUUAUGUCCAUGGUAGCUGGCACGAGUCUGGCAGCCCUCUAUCUACUCCCUUGGUCAAUGUUGCCAGAUGUAGUGGAUGAUUUCAAAGUCAAGAACCCAUCAUGCCAGGAUCUAGAACCAUUGUUCUACUCCUGCUAUGUUUUCUUCAACAAAUUCGGAGGAGGCAUGUCUGUUGGAGUCUCUACUUUGGUAUUACAUUUUGUAGGAUACAAGCCUGGUGCUUGUAAACACAAUCCAAAGGUCAUAUACUCGCUGCGGGUGCUCUUCGCUCCUGUGCCAAUCUGCCUGCUGCUCAUCAGCUUGAUAAUUUUUCGCUUCUAUCCCAUCAAUGAAGAGCGGCGACAGAAAAUCCAAGACGCAUUAAGGAAAGCAGGGACAGAGACCGGCUUGAAAGAAGACGAACUAAGCCUAUGAAGUAAUGAGUGGCUUUCACUACUUUUGUAACACUGCUGAACUGUUGAUCAUGAACAUGCUCUGUUUUCACCUCAGUGUAAAGGCUUUUUUAUUGUGCAUUGUGAAUAUUUUUCAAUCCUGCUCCAGGGGACCCUAACCUUAUUUAGGAGUCUCACUAAUCAUACACACAUAUUUCAGGUCAGGGAGAUUUCUACUAAUGAGCUGAAUCUCUACUAAAGAGAUGAAUAAAA